AUGGCUGCGUCCGUACACCCCGCAGGAGGACUCAUCACCGUCGCAACCUGCUCGCUGAACCAGCACGCCCUCGACUUUGACGGAAACCUCGAACGCAUCCUCCGCUCCAUCAAGAUUGCCAAGGAGAAGGGAGCAAAGCUGCGCAUCGGUCCUGAACUCGAGAUCACUGCCUAUGGAUGCCAGGAUCACUUCCUCGAAGGCGACACCCAGCUCCACUCGUGGCAGGUUCUCGUGAAGAUCCUCGAAUGCGAAGAUGCAUAUGAUAUGGUCGUCGACGUCGGAAUGCCCGUCGUCCACAAGAACGUCCUCUACAACUGCCGCAUAAUCCUCUACCAGCGCAAGAUCCUCCUCAUCCGCCCCAAGAUGUGGCUCGCCAACGACGGCAACUACCGCGAACUUCGCUGGUUCUCGCCGUGGAUGAAGCACAAGCAGACCGAGGACUUCCACCUACCCAAGAUGAUCGUCGACGUCACCGGCCAGCAGACUGUCCCCAUCGGUCAUGCGGUCGUCAGCACGCAGGACACGUGCAUCGGUGUCGAGCUGUGCGAGGAGCUGUUUACGCCAGCAGCUCCCCACAUUGAGAUGGCGCUCGACGGCGUCGAGAUCUUCACCAACUCGUCGGGUUCACACCACGAGCUGCGCAAGCUUCGCACGCGUAUCGACCUGAUCAAGGAGGCGACGCUCAAGGCGGGUACUCUCCCCACCUCUCUCUCCGGCGGCCUGUACCUCUACGCGAACCAGCAAGGCUGCGACGGCGACCGCCUUUACUACGAUGGUUGCGCCUUCAUCACGCUCAACGGCCGAGUCAUCGCCCAAGGCUCGCAAUUCUCUCUCAACGACGUCGAAGUCGUCACAGCGACCGUCCACUUGCAAGACAUCCGCUCGCACCGCACGUGGAGCAGUCGGAGUAUGCAGGCGGCGGGACACGAGGGGGCUUUCCAGCGCGUCAGGGCGGAAACGAGGCUCAGCUCGGAGGACGCGGAGGACUUGAUCGAGACGCAGGUCGACCACGAGGGCGAGUUCGAGUACAACAUGCCCGAGGAGGAGGUUGCAUACGGACCGGCUUGUUGGCUGUGGGACUACCUCCGUCGCUCGGGCAUGGGUGGCUACUUUGUUCCGCUGUCCGGUGGCAUCGACUCGUGCGCGACGGCGACAAUCGUCUACUCGAUGUGCAGGCUGGUCGCCAAGGCUGCGGCGGAGGGCAACGAGUCGGUCAUCAAGGACGCGCGACGAAUCGCAGGCGAAGCAGCCGACUCGUCCUAUGUCCCGAUCGACCCGCGCGAGUUCUGCGGCCGUAUCUUCCACACAUGCUACAUGGGAACGUCGAACUCGAGCGAUGAGACGCGGAACAGGGCCAAGGGUCUCGCCGAGGCCAUCGGAGCCUACCACACCGACCUCAACAUGGACGCCUGCGUUGCCGCCAUCCACACCCUCUUCGCCUUCGUCACCGGGAAGAAGCCCGAGUACAAGGUCCACGGCGGCUCGAACGCCGAGAACCUCGCCUUGCAGAACAUCCAAGCGCGACUGCGGAUGCUACUUGCGUACCUCUUUGCGCAAUUGCUGCCUUGGGUGCGCGGAAAGACGGGCGCGUUGCUUGUACUGGGCAGCGCAAACGUUGACGAGGCGCUGCGUGGGUAUUACACGAAGUACGACUGCUCUGCCGCCGACAUCAACCCGAUCGGUUCCAUCUCGAAGGUCGACCUGAAGCGCUUCAUCGCCUGGGCCGGAAAGGCUUUCGAGCUGCCCAUUCUCGACGACUUCCUCAACGCCACGCCGACCGCCGAGCUCGAGCCGAUCACGAAGGACUACGUCCAGUCCGACGAGAUCGACAUGGGCAUGACCUACGAGGAGCUCUCCAUUUACGGCCGCUUGCGCAAGCAGUCUAAGAUGGGUCCCUACGGCAUGUUCAACAAGCUCGCGAUCGAGUGGGGACACAGGCUCAGCCCCACCGACAUCGCCGAUAAGGUCAAAUACUUCUUCAGGAUGCACAAGAUGACGACGCUCACCCCGUCGUACCACGCCGAGGCGUACUCGCCCGAGGACCAGCGCUUCGAUCACCGCCCUUUCCUCUACAAUACUCGAUGGGCCUGGCAAUUCCGCGCCAUCGACGCCAAGGCUAGCGCCAUGCCGGACAGAAGCAAGAAGGGCGAGGCCAACAAGGGCGACAACGUCCAGGCGGCCUGA